AUGUCAUCCCCCAUCACAGUCAUCGACAGCCCAGCUUUUACUGCGGCAUUGGCCAAGCUCCGCGACCUUUCUCUGCGCCCAGCAACAGUCCGGUCCACUGUCGCCGAGCUCACCACAUUGCUAGCAAGCGAUGUGAAGCCACAGGUGGAGAAGGGCGAGAAAAUUGCCAUCAUCGUCAUCCUGCGCUCAGGCAUGGCCAUGAUGGAGCCGUUCCUGUCAACACUGUCAGAGGACCUGGAUCUGGUCAUCUACCACCUCGGCUUAUUCCGGGAAAAGCAGACGCUGCAGCCCAUCGAGUACUACAACAAGCUGCCGAUGAAGAGCCCGAAUAUCAAGAAGGCCAUUGUUCUGGACCCCGUCGUGGCCACUGGUGGCACAGCAGCUGCAGCUCUUAGCAUACUCAAGGACUGGGGUGUCGAGGAGGUCAACUUCUACUGCCUUCUGGCAAGCACACCGGGCUUGAAACGGGUUACGUCCGUCUGGCCAGAGGGCUGCUCGUUCGUUGUCGGCGCGCAAGACGCAGAGCUAGACGUCAAGGGAUACGUCAAGCCGGGCGUUGGAGAUAUCGGCGAUCGCCUGUUUGGCACUGCGCUGGACUAA